GCCUCUUUGCAGCUUUUGCGUUUGAAAAAUGUCUUAAAUGUGGUUGAUCCUCUUCGACAGGUCGUGAAGAAUUUUAAGUCUGAGCUCCUGAGCAAAGGAAGUGAGUUACUCAACGAUGAACGAAUUGACGUGAUCAGAAAGUUAUUAGAUGACAGAUUCAGUUCUGAGAAUAUUGGUGGCACCAAAAAGAACUCACUAAUUCAGCAACACAGGAAGUGCUACGCUAUCAAGGAAGGUGUUUCUGUGAACCUUGAUGUAGCUAGAAGAGCUUACGAAGAACUGCUGAGAGGUGUUCAGGAGCAAGAAAAAGAACUUACCAAAUAUCUUCCUGGACAGGACACCAGGCUGGCAUUUUCAAAAGCACGUGGAUUUCAUUAUGUGUGGGUUUGUGGCGAUGCAGGCACAGUUGAAGUACCGUCGAUUUUCGUUAAUGUUGUGAGAAAUCGCUCUUCCUUGACGUUUACGUCUAGAAAUUUAUUACGCUACAAUGACAGAAUUGAACAAUCGAUCUCGGAAGUGAUGAUUGCAACUAAUGUCGUCGUAGAGGAAGUAAUUAAAGAAGUUCGUCCUUCGAUUGCUGUAUUAUAUCAUGUCAUGGAUUGCCUUGCAACCACGGAUUUUCUUUGUAGCCUUGCUGUCUAUGCUUUUAAUCGAGAGACG